AUGGAAGUGCCUGCCCGACUCAAGGCCCGUCUCCUCCACGCUGGGGAUGGAGUGGCCGUGCUGCGUUCUCAUCUCACCAAGGCUGACAAGCCCAUAAAAGUCGUCACAGACCAUCUAGACACCAUUGCCCAGUGUGGGUGUCACUCUGCACACCAUCCAGGGGCAGUGGAGACAGACCCUGCUGCAGCAGCAGGCCCUGAGUGCACAGUGCAGGGGAAGACCCAGGCCAGAGACACCGAGCGAGACCGAGGAACCCCGGGCCAGCCUCGAGGGCGCACCCGAAUCCCCCUCUCCUCACAGACCCCAGAGAGCAGCAUGAAGCCAGAAACAGCUGGGGGCCGCGUGCUCCUCCUCCUGCUGCUGGCCGCGGUGCUGACGGGAACCCGCGCUGAUCCUGUGCCCAGGGCGACCAGGCUCCCACCAGAUGCCAAGGAUUGCCACAGAGCCCGGUUCAAGUCUCUGUCCCCGCAAGUGCUGCAGGCCUUCAGGAAGGCCAAGAAUGCCAUAGAGGAGUGGCUGCGCAAGAAGGAUGUGAGCUGCAGCGCCCGCCUCUUCCCCAGGGCCUGGGACCUGCAGCAGCUGCAGGUCCAGGAGCGCCCCAGGGCCUUGCAGGCUGAGCUGGCCCUGACACUGAAGGUCCUAGAGAACAUGACUGACUCAGCCCUGGUCCCCAUCCUGGACCAGCCUCUUCACACCCUGCGCCACAUCCACUCACAGCUGCAGGCCUGUACGCAGCCUCAGCCCACAGCAGAGCCCAGGCCUGUGAGCCGCCGCCUCUCACGCUGGCUGCACAGACUCCAGGAGGCCCAGAGGAAGGAGACCCCCGGCUGCCUGGAGGACUCUGUCACUUCCAACCUCUUCCGCCUGCUCAUCCGGGACCUGAAGUGUGUGGCCAGCGGAGAUCAGUGUGCCUGA